GCGGCGCGUGCGCGCGGCCCCGGGCGGGAUGGUGGGCUCCCUGCUCUGUUUCAUCCUGGCGCCGCUGGCCCGGCUCCUCGGCCGGAUCACAGGCCCUUACAUUGAGGAUGACUCUUCAGGGGAAUGUUCAACAGCAUCAUUAUUGGAAAGUGACAGACUAUCUGAUGGAGAUUCUGCUCCACGGCUACCACUUAGCAAAGACCAGACUGCUUUGCUUCAGGAUUGGUUUCGGGAGAAGCCAGGUGAACCUUCAAAAGGGGAAUCAACAGGGGAGACACCAGUGAGUGUUGACAUGGAGAAAAAGACCCAGGAUCAACCAUCAGAGAGCUGGGAGGUGGAAGAGGCCACCAUGGCAUGGCAGCAAACUAAAAAUGUGCCAACAUUGUCCCAGCAGUCAGAACAGUGGCAGGCUGCUGCUGUAGAGGGUAUCAAUCAGGACCAGAGUAUUGUGGGAUGGCAGUUGACCUCUACAUCUGAGACUGUCACAGGCUGGCCCACAUUGUCAACCCAAGGACUGAAGGCUGAAACUGCAGGUUGGACACCAUCACCUGCUCAGAAUAUGGGUGGGUUUGAGCUCCCAACAGGCUGGCAGUUUCAACCUCGGCAGCAUGAUAGCCAGCGUGGUGGUAUUAUGGAAUGGCAAUUGAUGCCAGCACACAUGAAUGAGCCAGUUGCAACUACAGGGUGGCAGUUUCCCACUCUGUUGGAUGUGAAUGCAGCAGCAAACGACCUGUGGCAGUUUCAAAGUGAAGGCAAUCUUGAAAUGGGCACAGACCCGUAUCAAGGUCUUCUUGCCAGAGUAUGGGAGGAUUUGUCAAGAUCCCAAGUGGAUGGCAGUGAUGUCAACAAGUCAUUUGAGUUUACCAUAAUGUCGUACAAUAUUCUGUCACAGGACCUUUUGGAGACAAAUUCUGAUUUGUACUCUCAUUGUCAGCCUGAGUUCCUGAAAUGGGAAUUCCGAUUUCAGAAUAUUCUGCAGGAGAUUGAGACCUGGCAACCUGAUAUUCUGUGCCUCCAGGAAGUUCAGGAGAAUCACUACCAUCAGCAAUUUCGACCAGCUCUCCAACUGCAGGGUUACGAGUGCGUUUAUAAACGACGCACUGGUAUCAAGACGGAUGGGUGUGCUGUGUGUUACAAAAAGGAGCGGUUCUCCCUGGUUUCCGAACACCCUGUGGAGUAUUUUCGACCCAUUGUGGAAACGUUGAACAGAGAUAACGUAGCGCUGCUGGUUCUCCUCCGACCCCUGACACCAGACUGUGUCCAAGAAAACUCAAAAUUUCCUGACAUCUGUGUGGCAAACACGCACCUGAUUUUCAAUCCCAGACGGGGUGAUAUUAAACUCACCCAACUUGCUGUGUUAUUUGCUGAAAUUGAGCAAUUAAUACACACAGCAGGUUCUGAUGGUAAUCGCUGUCCAAUCCUUCUCUGUGGUGAUCUGAACUCUGUCCCGGAAUCUCCUCUGUAUAAACUCAUCCAAAAUGGAGAGCUUUACUAUUAUGGAAUGCCAACCUGGAAGGUGUCAAGUCAGGAGGACUGUUCUCACCAGAUGUGUUCAAGGAAACUCUAUGGCCCUUUGUGGCCAAGCAGACUCAGGAUAACUGACAAUUGUCAGUAUGUUGAUAUGUGUGAAAAGAAGAGAACAGGAAAACGCAGAUAUGGUCGUGAGUUUCUCCUCCAGCUUCAAUAUUCCACACCAGCUCUUGAACGUCCAGAGAAUCUUGUCUUCAUUGAAGGUGUAACUGAUGCAAAACCAGAGCCUCCAGGGGAUGGUUCAGAACGCUACGUCAGUGUGUCCGAGCCAGAGGAUGAACUCUUCUGUAAUAGGUCUCCAACCACCCUCCGACACAACCUCAACCUAACAUCAGUCUACAAUCAUUACCUACCUGAUACAGGCCGGCCUGAGGUUACAACCUGCUCAUCUGGUUUUGGCCUCACUGUGGAUUACAUCUUCUACUCGGCACAACCAGUCACCGAUAAGUGUGGAAAAGGGCGUAGGCGGUACAAGGAUGGACCCCUCAAACUACUGGGCCGACUCUCCUUGUUGUCUGAGCAUGACAUCUGGUUGGCCAACGGGUUGCCCAAUGGCAUCUGCUCUUCCGAUCACCUCUCGCUGCUUGCCAAGUUUGGAUUGAAACCCCUUGGUUGAUUUUUAAAAAAACAACUAGUGAGACUUGCAUGUGGCAAAUGAGCCCUCAUGAAGCUUCAAGGACAAACACUGCCUGCUGAGCAGAAUGAAGUUCUGAUGUAAGAUGCCCAAUCUCCGUACACAGUCUCCAUUGUUAGGCUAUUUUAAUACUUGUUUCUUUUAAUGAACUAGAAUUUCAAGUGUGCUGCUUUUAAGAUAAUGGAAAUGCCAAAGGAAUAUUGGUUGGAUGAGAGGCAAAUCAGUUUGUGAUUUUACCAUCUAGAGCUUGCAGAAUGUGACUUGUGUAAUUUUGUUCCAGGCAAGCUGUCCCACCAGAGCCCUUUUAGAAACCAAUGUUAUCGUAAUUUGCCAUUGGAAGUUUUUUUUUAAAAUGGACAUUUCCUUCAUUUCUUCUAUCUUUCCCUUAAAGACGUCAGGUAACCACAGCUUCAUGGACAGGUGCUGGUUGCCCUUCUGAAUCUGUGUCAAAUUUGAAACUGUGUCUGGGAAAUUAUUCAUCUGAGGAGGGCAUCACUUCAAACUCUAAUCCUACCCUUACCUGUUAUCCAAUCAAACAAGAAGGUCCUGAUCGUUACCAGCUACAGAAGCCCUAUGUAAUUUUGUUUCUCAUGUUGCCCCUCCCAUAGUCAUGAUUUUUCCUGAUCAUUAUGGCCUCAGCUGUUUGCUGCCUUUCCUACCAGCUGGAUCAUCAGUGAAGUAUUGCCAAACUAUUGAAUGUACUUCUAAAGUGUAACUGUGUUUUUGUAGCUAAAUACAAGGAGAAACUGGCAACAUGCAUCAGAAAAAUAUUGUGCACUUGCUCAGAUCUUCUCACCAGGUUAGGAUGUGAUAACCAGACAUUGGUGGCUCUUGUGCCAAUGGCUCAAAACAGUGAGUAUUAAUAAUUUAUGUUGUAGUCAAAGGGGAAUCUCUCCAGUAGAUGCUGUUUGGAUGCUCACCUUGUUGUUGACACUCCUACUUCAUUCAUGUAAUCCUCUGUGUCGAGUCCUUUUCAGGCUAAAUGCAAGCUGACUUUAUUUCAUUUGGUUCAACUGUUUUCCUUUUGAUCAUUUAUUAAGUGAACUUGCAGAAAUGCUUUUUGCCCUUCUGCCAUCUCUUUGUGAUUUAGUUUAUUUUCCAAUGUCUUUCCCACCUCUUAGCCUGAACUUGUCAUCAACUGAUGCUCAGCCUAUAUUUUCUAGCAGAAUUCAAUGGAUUUGGGUUGGGGAGGGAUGAGACAAUUCUUAAUUGCCUCCAUAAUUUAGGAAACUGAGACCAUUUAACAUGGAUUGGGUGCCACUGGCCUUUAUGGUUUUACUGCCAUUCAAGGUGAUUCUUUCAUCAUAGAAUCAGUGGGAAAAUCAACUAGCUCCCCCAACCAAAGCCAUGAAAACAGUCCCCUAAACUAUCAGCCCAAUUCUCUGAGCUGAUGUUUUGAGCCAUGCGUCUGUGUUGCCAUUUCUCGUGCCACAUCUCAGUUAUAAAUUGUCUUUCUAUUGCAUCAGGGUGUGUCACCUUCUAGUUUCUGUGAACUGUAAAACAAUAUUGUCACUCUUCGCCUCAACCCUUCCCAUUUACCACCUUGUUUUGUUUUUGUUUGCUUUCUUGCCAUCCUAAUAGUGAUGACUCUUGGCAAUGAAACCCUAUAUUACUUGGGAGAAAUUAAAAGCUUGACUUUUCAGCUUUUGUUGAUGGAAGGUGUUUGUUGGGAGGAUAGGGAUGUUUGAGGUGAAUUUCCAGCCCUGAGCAUCCUGUCAGUCAAUCUCUAUUGCAGGUUUUGAAUUAGGAUCCAGAUUAAACUGGUCGCAAUUGAAGUGGGUGCUCCCUGCUGUCCCUAUCCCCACGACAUCACCAUGACUUUAGGAUUACAAUAAAUUGCAUUGGGAAAAGCUAUUUUGACAUCAAGUUUAAAAACUGUUUCCUUACUGCACUUCCUCUCGCUUUAAAGUUGGACUUUAAGAUGCAGUACAACUGGUGAAUGACAAGACAAACUUAUCUGAAAUACUUUGGUUUUCCUGGUGAGUUGGAACCUGCAUCCUGUGCUUUAGGAGCUGUGGCUUUUUAUGUUGUCAGUGGUUAAUUACAGAUAUGAGUGGUACUGUCUUCAGGAGCUGCUAAGCAGAGACCAAGGGUUACCGUUCCGGGAGUCUAAAGGAAUGGGGACUGGUCGUCUUUAGCUGUGGUCUGCAAAAUACAUUUUGAGUAGAUGGAACUGGGAAAUAAAAUGACAUGAACUUAAUUGGAAAGGGGAAAUAUUUUUUGAAUACUUCAUGCUCAUCCACCAAGUAAAAAUACUACAGUUGGCCUGGAUCAUCCUCUGCUAUGGAGAUGAGGGAAAAUAUCAAGCGGAGUUCCUGGUGCUGAUGGGUUUGUAUCAAUCCCUGCUGGGAUUAAAAUUUGGUGUCACUCAGGUUUUGUGCUUGUGAAUAUUUGGAACCUUGAUAUUCCUUUCAGGAAAUAUUUUUUCAUCAUUGCUCUUUGUUUAAGACAGUGUGAAUCAUAACACUGGCAACACCUCUCUUUCUCACCUCCCACUACCCCAAGACUAAAAAGAUACCUCCCACCACCCCAAGACAUCCUGUGAGCGGUUGCUUUGUAUGUCUUCUGCCUCCAUUCAGGAUCUGUUUCAUGAUGAUCGUUAAUACUGAGAAACUCUGUUGCAUUAUAUGUGAAUGCAACUUGGUGAUAUCAACUGUACUACAGACCAUGGGCAGUGCAGUGGGACAGAGCUGUUGUUGUUGGUCAGGACAUCAUAUUACAGCAUUUGAAAAACACCUGUCUUGACAGAAACCAAUGCGGUGGCCUGUGAUUUUUUUUUUAAAAAAAAGAACGUGAAGAAAAUUCGUCCCAUUAAUUAAAGACAGAAACCCUCAAACACACAAGGUUGUUACCAAUUUGUUUAUCAUUGUUUGUUUUUCUUUGUAAAUGUGAGUGUAACUAGGCUCCAUACUUCUCUCUGGCUAAGUUCGGUAGUAGGCUGUGGACCCCAGAUCCACUGGCUAAAGGACCAAAUUCUUCAGUCAGCCGGAAUCAUGGGAUUUAUGAACUUGUGUCCAUAGUUAUUUUUUACAGUUGGUGUGUAAGAAUAGCUUGGAACAGUUGGGUGGCACUAUCUGUAGAUAAAGUGUAUAUUCAAAUAGUGUAAUUUUUAAAGGCUUUGUUUUGCCUAAUAUUUUUGUGAAAUGGUUCAGUAACAUUUUGAUUAAAUAAACGGCUUGUUUAUUUGA